AUGAACACGGUCCCCGGAACCGGAUACGGACAGCAUGUUCUGUUGGACCAGAGCUACGAGCACGUCGUGACUGCCAUUCCGGGGAAUCAUCGAAUCGCAUGCCUACAUGAGUUCAAUGUGAUCGAUGGGCGAACUGCGUUGGUGGAGAUUUUUCAGCCGACACCCGCUAAUCUGACUCCGUAUGGUGGCAAUUCGUCUCAGCAGUGGAUUGGAGAUGGAAUUGUCCAAGACUUUGACAUUGAGACUGGUGAUGUAAUUUUUGAAUGGAGUGCCCUCGAUCAUAUUGAUCCGGCUGACAGCCUCGUCACUCUGGAAUCAUCCGGACCUAGCGCCGGCCUGGCACCUGCCACGUCCUGGGACUACGUCCAUCUCAACAGUGUGGACAAAGAUGCCGACGGGAACUAUCUGGUGUCAGGCCACCAUACCAGUACGAUCUACAAGAUCAACGGCACCGACGGCUCGAUUAUCUGGAGGCUGGGCGGUAAUAACUCCACGUUUAACCAAGUCGGUAACUGGACAUUCGGCUUCCAGCAUGAUGCCCGUUGGUUGCCUCACGAGGGUGGAAACGCAAUCGAGCGAUUCUCAUUUUUCGACAACUCGGCCGGUGGAGCAGUUCAUUACAACAAGGUCUCAAGUGCCGUGAUUGUGCAGUUGGACCACACGAAUAACACAGCUACUAGUCAGCGCAAGGCGCAAGCGCCGUAUGGCUUGUCUGUUGGCUCCGCCGGAAAUACGCAGUUGCUGCCAAACGACCAUCUUUUUGUCGGCUGGGGCUCCGAAGGGGCAUAUACGGAGUUCGGCCCCGCCAAUGAGGUUUUGUACCAUGCUUUCAUCCAGAACGGUGUGAGCUAUCGAGCCUUUGCAAGCAGCUGGACAGGCACCCCUAGGGAAGAUCCGGCUAUUAUCGCGGUCAAGUCUACCACGUCGAUCACAUUAUACGUGUCGUGGAAUGGAGAUACCAGGACAAGCAGGUGGAAAUUCUACCGUGUCAGUGGUGGUAACAAGUCUGAAAUUGGGGAGGUGGAUAGGAGGUCGUUUGAGAGUUCUUUGGUCUGGCAGACGCCCAAACCCACCAAUUCCUCUUUCCAGUUCUUCGCAGAGGCUUUGACAAGAAUGGCAAGUCUCUUGCCCGGACAGGCGAAGUCGAAGCAGUUCCAUCUCUGCGAGGUGUUAAUUGAACGAACAGGCGGACAUUAG